GGCAUAUACUUGCGAAUUGGAAUGAAAUUUGAGAAGGAUAUCGAUUACCGCCGCAUAUUCCUUUGCCAAACUGGUGAUUGAUCACUGAUCCUGCUACCCAUCCAUGGCGUUUUGCUGAAGCCUACUUCUCCGCCACUUAAUUUUAGGGUUCUUUUUUUCUUCCCAAAACGAUUUUGAAAUUUUCCAAUUAUGAAAGUUCUUCCGAUUUGCAAAAAUUCAAUCUUUUUCUAGACUACAGUAUCCUGUCCAAGUUUCCACCGUUUAAUUUUAACUUAUAUAGAGAGCGAAAGACAAUUUUAGACGAUUCUCCACUCCAGAGUUCCAAAAAUCCAAGCGCUUCGAACUCGCCAGAAUUCUCUGCUCCGUCUCCUCCUGAAAUGCUCAUUGAACUCACAAAUCAGAAUCCCUUCUUAUGGAAACUGUUAGUUUAGGACUUAUAUCGAGUCCCUUCGUCUUCAACGCCUCCCCCCGACCCAUCACGGCUCUCUCCACCAACUUCUUCUCUUUUGGGUUUAUUCAAUCAAACAAGUUCCGAAGAUUUCCCCAUUAUUUGUCUUGUAACACUCGUCCAACUACUAGAAACCAGAAAUCCGACGGCGGUGAUCGGAGUUUUCGUUCGAAUCCCUUCUGGGCGUUGGCUCCAGUUUUGCAAAGUAUCAAAGGCGUCGUCCAAAUUGCUUCGGAGAGAUUCGUGGAUGAUGGGUUUAAUGGAAAUUACUUACAGAGCGGGAGUUUCGGGAUUGCUUUGUUGAGCAUAACCGCGACCGCGAAGCACCGGAUAAGUCCGUUCGUUGCUACGUUGGCGACGAAUCCGACGUUUAUUUCGGGAUUGUUCGCGUGGUUCUUCGCGCAGUCGAUGAAGGUUUUGUUGAACUUUUUCGUGGAAAGAAAAUGGGAUUUGAAAAUAAUGUUCGCUUGUGGUGGGAUGCCUUCGUCUCACUCUGCAUUAUGCACGGCUUUGACGACUUCGGUGGCUCUUUGCCACGGCGUUGCGGACUCUCUUUUUCCAGUCUGCUUGGGGUUUAGUCUUAUUGUCAUGUAUGAUGCAAUUGGUGUUCGUCGACAUGCCGGAAUGCAAGCUGAGGUUCUUAAUCUUAUCGUUGAGGACUUGUUUCAAGGACAUCCCAUCAGCAAAAGGAAGCUGAAAGAGCUGCUGGGCCACACGCCAUCGCAAGUCCUUGCCGGUGCUCUGCUCGGGUUUGCGGUUGCUUGGUUCUGUUGUCAGGGUUGCUUGAUCCCAUGUUGAACUUGUUUACUUCCACAACCUGUGAUUGAAUUUCACCUUGUUCACUUUGGAAAUGGCCCCCUUUGUUUUGCACUAUAAUGUACAAGUAGUAUUGAGAAGUAAAUUACGCAAGAAGAAGAUUACUCACAACCUGAAGGCUUUCUUCUUUCUUUGUUCAUACUAGAGAGCAGAGACAAGUGCCGAGUCAUUCAUCUCAAUCAAAGCAAAACAGAGCAGGUUUUUUGACA